CAACGGCACUAUGGUGCAGGAGAUACAGAAGCACAUGAAAAGCUACCUCUCUCUUAGAUACAAGUCUCCUGCUCUGUGGUCUUUUCUGUCCUUCGUCUUACUGUCCUCAGACUCAGACCUGGAGAAGUUUGACCUGAGGAAAUACUGUCCCUCAGAGACAGGUCUCCUGGGUCUGCUGCCGGUGGUCAGAGCCUCCACCAAAGCCCUUCUUUGUGGCUGUGGUCUGUCUCCUCACAGCUGUGCUCCUCUGGCCUCAGUCCUCAGCUCCUCCAGUCUCACACAUCUGGAUCUCAGUCACAACGACCUCCAGGACUCAGGAGUGGAGCUGCUCUGUUCUGGACUGAAGAGCGCCCCCUGCAGACUGGAGACGCUCAGGCUGUGUGGAUGUCUGGUCUCAGAGAGGGGCGGGGCUGCUCUGGCCUCAGCUCUGAGUUCCACCACCUGCCGCCUCAGAGAGUUAGACCUGAGCUACAACCAUCCAGGACCCUCCGCCGAGCUCCUGACCGCUCUACGAGACGACCCCCACUGCUCCCUGCAGUCUCUCAGGUUGGAUCCUGCUGGAGAAAAGUGGAUGGUCCCAGGUCUGAGGAAGUAUUUCUGCGAGUUUUCUCUGGAUCCAAACACGGCUCACAGAAACCUGAAACUGUCCGAGGACAAACGGACGGCGACCCACGUGAGACAGACGCAGCCGUACCCGGACCACGAGGACAGGUUCGCCGAGCACUACCAGGUCCUGAGCCGCACGGGCCUGAGCCGCUGCUGCUACUGGGAGGUGGAGUGGAGCGGCCCGGACGUGGAGAUAUCGGCGAGUUACGGAGGAAUCGCGCGCAGAGGAGAGAGCGAGGAGUGUUUGUUCGGACGCAACGAUCGGUCCUGGAGUCUGGUGGUGUUUAACGGACAGUUUUCUUUUGAACACGACAACAGACAAACCCCCCUGUCGUCCUCCUCGCUCGGCUUCCGUCGCUCCGGUCGAGUGUCCGUGUUCCUGGACUCGGACGCUGGAUCUCUGUCCUUCUACGAGGUUCUCUCUGGUGGAGAACUGUUCCACCUCCACACCUCCAGCUCCUCCUUCACUGAGCCGCUGUUCCCGGGGUUUAGAGCUUUGGGGGAAGGUUCCUCCCUGUGUCUGUGGUGAACCGGAGCACAGCGCCUCCUGGUGGAGCUCUGAGACUCUGUUACUCACAUGAAAUAGUUUCGAUUUUGAUUUUUUCAUUCUUCUUUGCAAAGCAGAAACUUUCUCCCAGCGUCUAGUGGAGUCUAGUGGAGUCUAGUCUGGAGUCUGUCUCUGGCUCUUGACGAGGGUGGACGUGGUUCUACAGAAACAGAGUCAACAGUGUUGGGGAGUAACAGAUUACAUGUACCGGAGUUAUGUAAUCAGAGUACAAAUGAUGAGUAACUGUAUUCAGUUACAGUUACUGUUUCAGUGAGUGGUAAUUGGAUUACAGUUACUUUGUUGAAAUAAAUGGAUUACACAGAGAACUAAACCAGGACUAAACCAGGACUAAACCAGGUCUUUGUUUCUCUACAACAAAUCAAGUAAUCCAAAGUAUUCAGAUUACAUUACUCACUUUAAGUAGUUUAAUGGAUUCCGUUACAAACUACAUUUUGGGAUAUGUAAUCUGUAAUCUGUAGGGGAUUACAUUUUAAAAGUAAACUUCCCAACACUGGAGAGGGUCACAACAAACGCAAACGCCGCAACACAACAAAAAAAGUCACAGCAGAAGUGACCGCGGGGACUCGAUUUUCCGAUGGACCAAUCGAGCGGCAAGAGAAGAAGAGGAAGAACAACAACAUGAAACGAAUAAUGAUAAAACAAUAAAUUACUUUUGGUCCUGGUCAAACAGAAGUAAACAACAAGACCAAAACUUCAAGUGAAUUCAUCUGAUAUAAAAAUGUAUUGAACAGAUACAUAUGUACUCGAGUUUAUCAAACUGUUGACCUUUUUUCUGUUCCAUUUUUGGUUCUAAAGUUCCAUAUGUUUUAAACAGACCAUGAAUGAAACAUGGAACAAAAAUUAUUUCCCAAAUUUCAAAGACCUGAAAAAUCAUGUAAAUAAAUGUUUGUAUUUCAUCAUAUCUUGUGUUAUUCCAUCUUUGAACUGUUGAUGAAGGGACAGGAUUUAAAAAAAUAAUAUAUUUAAAAUGAUAAAAAUGUUCUUGGAAGGACUGACAUAUUUUAUAGAAAUAGUUUCUUUCAUUUUGAAGUAAUAUUAAAAUAUUCAGAAGAAAAAAGCGACAAAUGAUGUAAAAUCCUGCACCUUCUACUUGUUUGUACAA